AUGUCCGAAGAACGGCAUGAAGAUCAUCAUAGGGAUGUUGAAAAUAAAUUGAAUUUAAAUGGUAAAGACGAUAUUAACGGGAAUACCUCAAUCUCGAUCGAGGUGCCUGAUGGAGGAUAUGGGUGGUUUAUUCUUCUUGCUUUUAUUCUGUACAACUUUUCUACUUGGGGGGCAAAUUCUGGUUAUGCUAUUUAUUUAGCGCAUUAUUUAGAGAAUAAUACUUUUGCUGGUGGGAGUAAAUUAGACUAUGCUUCUAUAGGUGGGUUAGCAUUCAGUUGUGGACUUUUUUUUGCCCCAGUUAUAACAUGGCUUUAUCAUAUAUUUUCAAUUCAAUUCAUUAUAGGCUUAGGGAUACUGUUUCAAGGGGCAGCGCUACUGCUUGCAGCUUUUUCUGUCACACUCUGGGAAAUUUAUCUCACGCAAGGCGUUUUAAUUGGAUUCGGUUUAGCAUUUAUUUUCAUACCCAGUGUCACACUCAUCCCACUAUGGUUCAGAAAUAAAAGAUCUUUAGCCUCUGGUAUAGGAACUGCUGGAAGCGGGUUAGGUGGUAUUGUCUUUAACUUGGGAAUGCAAAGUAUUCUACAAAAGAGGGGCGUUAAAUGGGCGCUCAUUGCUCAGUGCAUAAUAUGCACAUCACUUAGCACCAUUGCGCUUAUGUUGACCAGAACAACACAUCAAGGCCUACGUCAACAUAAGAGAUCUUACAAAUUUGAAUUGCUAGAUUAUGAUGUGCUUUCAAAUUUCGCGGUCUGGUUACUUUUUGGAUUUGUAUCAUUUGCUAUGUUAGGAUAUGUUGUCCUUUUGUAUUCCUUGUCUGAUUUUACCGUUAGUUUAGGUUAUACUAGUAAGCAAGGCUCAUACGUAUCGUGCAUGGUGAGUGUCGGCUCUCUGCUGGGACGACCAAUUGUGGGUCACAUUGCUGAUAAAUAUGGAUCACUAACAGUUGGCAUGAUAUUGCACCUUGUCAUGGCCAUCCUUUGUUGGGCCAUGUGGAUACCUUGUAAAAAUUUGGCCACUGCGAUAGCUUUUGGAUUAUUGGUUGGUUCUAUUAUGGGAACAAUUUGGCCAACAAUUGCUUCAAUUGUUACACGCAUUGUUGGUCUUCAAAAGCUUCCUGGUACCUUUGGUAGUACCUGGAUUUUUAUGGCGGCUUUUGCCUUAGUUGCCCCCAUAAUCGGUCUGGAACUUCGUUCAACUGAUACGAAUGGAAACGAUUAUUAUCGUACAGCAAUAUUCGUGGGUUUUGCGUACUUUGGUGUUAGUUUAUGCCAAUGGCUAUUGAGAGGGUUUAUAAUAGCUCGAGAUGAGAUUGCUGUGCGUGAAGCCUAUUCAGCUGACCAAAAUGAAUUGCAUUUAAACGUUAAGUUAUCACAUAUGAGUAAAUGUCUUUUUCGUUAUAAACAAUUACCUAGGAGAGUCUAA